UAGACAUCGUCAAAUGAAUUAUUCAGCCUAGUAGCAACUUGAGCUUUAUCAUCUACGUCUUGUUUAGUUUACAUGUUUGGCUGUUUACAUGAAGUGUUUUCCCAUAGAGACAAACCAGCUGUGAAUAUCAACCUAAAAGAAAAGAAAAAAAAUUAAUAAUAAAGAAAGGAAGAAAGGCGAGAAUUAUUAUCGCGUUUGAAUUCGCAGCUUGGAAUUUUAAUUUUCUCUUAUUCAAGAUGGAUCGGAUACCACCCGAGAUACUCCUACAUGUUUUCGAGUUCCUCGAUAAUCCGGCUCCGUCUCAAGUACGACUUCGCGACCAGCCGAGCGACGAUAUGCUGGAUGCUGAGUCGUUAUAUUCACAACCCCUCAAGACUUCAUCCUUCGUUUGUAAAGCUUGGCGGUCUCUUGUACUCCCUAGCCUAUUUCGUCAUAUCUUAUGGAGGCCUAAGAUAUCCUCGCUCAGCGCUUUCACAUUAAAUCCGAUACCACUUCUGCGCUUCCUGGAAGACAAUCAGCUUGACCACAGUGUCACCACUUUCACUAUGAUCGUCGACUUCGUAGACAAGGAUGCCGGUGCCAAGCAAAUUACUCCUGAGAUACGCUCCGUCGAUCUAGAAUGGUUAUGGGACCAGCUGUUUUCCGUCAUCGAUCCUCUGAGGUUCACCAUGAUUGCUCCUCCCACUACUCUAGCUUCGUUCUUAUCUCGGAUGCUCUUCUUAGAUGACGCCUGGUCGUUUAGCAUCCCAUAUCACAUCCUCUCGCUCGCCCGAGCCACUAGAGACUCCCGCGGAAAAUCAAGUACGCAUACGGAAUCACAUAUUCCAGACUCGCCCCUGCGACAUCAUUCUUCUGCGACAGCAACCCCGGGGGCUUCGGCACGUCCCUCGGCUACCUCCUGCUCGGCACGCUAUAGAAGGCCACCGCCGUGCCCUCUUUUCACCGUUCGUCCCUGGACCUCGCUGCUCCUGAACGAAGGUUCGUCUACUAAAGUUUACAGAACGUAUGAGUUCUUUCUGCGACGGCCACCAUCCAUGCUUGGCGCCCUCCUCGGAUGCGAAGAAUACCCUAACGACAGUCCACUUAUACCACCUACUAUUUUUGACUUUAAUUAUAUAGCAAUUUUCCCCCUAUCUUCUCACUUUGAAAUUCUGCUCCAGAACCUACCCAGACUUGACCGUCUCUUUGUGCAGUUGACCCCCAGGCCUGAAAACCGGAUCUUAGAGGAGGAAGAUGGGAUGAAACAUAUCGACCCAGCCGACCCCGCGGUGUGUCCACGAAAUUGGGCGUUGCUACGGGUUUUUGAGAGCGGCGACUCGGCAGAUCAUGAAGUUUGGGAUAUGGCUGUGGAAUCUAUCGAGCGCAGCGGGGCUCGAGGGUGGAAGGUAGAACGCCCUGUGGUUCUUGUCAAAGAGGACGAACAGGGGAACAAUCCUGACUUAGACCGGGAGAUUGACGGCCAUAUUGGACUACCAACCUCCUCUGCGAAGCCAACUUUGUCAGUGUAUUUUUUUUUUUUUUUUCAUUUCUCAAGACUUCACCCACAAGCACAUUCAUCAUUACUCGCCAUGAACCACUCAGAGAUGGCAAGAUUGCCAAUGUGUAGAGCGCGGUUGUUUCGGACAACUUUGGUGUAAAUCUCCCUAUAUGCGCUCCGAUAGCAAGACGAUGUUCAACGAAACCAGAGCGGUUAAACUUUUAAACACCGAUAGGUAUGCGUAUAGUCUGCUGAUAAAACACAAGUCAGGGAUCGCUAAGGCGAUUUGCCUUUAAUGGUGUCGCUUGUGUGCCGUUCUCAAGCUUACGGUUGUAUACGCACGACGAUCAGCCGCCAUCCAUCUACGGAGGAGAUCAAUGAUCGUCUUUUCCCCGGGGCUCGAAAUCGGAUAACAAAUAGCAAAUACCUCACUUCACGCAUAGAAAUAUUUCAUGGCUACUUUUUUUUUUUUUUUUUUUUUUU